UAUUGUCCAACGGUUAGUUUUUCCCUUUUGUUGUAUCGAAGGUCAAAGGUUGGAGUGCCAAACAUUGUAGUGCAUCAAAAUACCGGUUACUUUUUUUUCUUGUAUAAAUUGUGGCAACAAGAACAAGAAUUUAUAGAAGAUCAAUGCCGGUUGACAAAUCUGUUAGUUAUUUGAACAGAGUCAAAAUCAUCGAAACGACAAACGAACCAUCGUUCACAUCCAGUGAAGACGUCGUGAUCUGCAAAGCUUUCUUGUCCGUUCUUGAAGAUUUACGACGCGAUGGUAACUUGCAAUCACAGACUAAUCUUUGCAACGGAAUUUUCCAAAAGUUUGUCGCCAGCACGAAGAACGAAUCGCGAUCGCAAGAAUCUGUUCGAUCUCGGUGGGAGAAAAUCAUGACCCGUUGUUUUAAAUUUCACGCGUAUCUCACACGAAUCAGAUAUGAGUGUCAGAAGGGACUAGCGAAGUCUCAAAUGGCUUAUCAAGCAAAAUUGCUGUAUGUUGAGUAUGAAAGACAGCAAUUUGUCAUGGAUCAUUGCUGGGAAAUCUUGCAAAAUAGAUUAUUCAAGUGGCAAGAUAUAUCUGACAUCAAAAACCCGAACACGCCUACAAAGACGAUCAAUUCGAGCCCCCAAUCCGUGGGAGUCUCUCAUAUUCUUGGCGCGCCCUUUCCUUCGCAAGAAUUCGAUCAAAAUACAUGUCGAGGAUGCAGUCACUCUCCAAACGGUGAAACGUCGGGUGGAAGGGAAGCUGAAAAGGAACGGCCACAAGGAAAAGCCAAGGCAGUAGAACUUGAGACCUCACAUAACGACGAUUUGACUGAGCAACUUAACAAACAAGCAAAGAAGGAGGAAAUGAAGAAGGCUCAACUAGAAGAAAGAAGACUCCGACUAACGAAGAAGAUGCAGGAAAUUGAGGAGAAACAGGUAGCUGCUAAGCAACUGGAGAUAGACGACGCAGUUAUGUCGAUGGACACAUCCAAAAUGGACCAUCAAACACAGCUUUAUUGGGCGAUGCGCAAAGACGAAAUCAUCGUGAGAGCAUUUAACCGUUUGGACAUCCCGGGUUGAUCGAUUAUCUGACCUCCAUUGCUCAUAUUUUGUUAUCGCGAAAUGAACAUGUCUGGUUGAUUGGUUCCUCUGACUUUUUAAUUUUUCUUGUUUCUCUUAUGUAUUUCCUCUCUUUCAUUCAUUUCAUCUUUGUUUUUUAGGCGUUUCCUGAUGAAUUUACCGAUUCUGUGUUAAUUUUUGAGGAUUUCUUGUGCUUCUGUUUGUUUGUUUG